GAAGCUGCUUCUCCCCACAAAAUUUUGUGUGUCCUCAUCCCCCAUCUCCUCUCCAAUACUCGCCACUAAUUUCUUCUCUCUUUCUCUCUCUCUCCGCGCCCUCGCAUCGCACGUGAGGCAGUCGAGGGAUAGCGGCGCAAUGGCGGCGGCGGUGGUGGCGAACGGCGCGAGCGGCGACUCCUCCAAGGCCGCGUUCGCGGAGAUAUACAGCAGGCUCAAGGAGGAGAUGCUCGAGGACCCGGCCUUCGAGUUCACCGACGAGUCGCUCCAGUGGAUCGACCGCAUGCUGGAUUACAAUGUGCUCGGAGGAAAGUGCAACCGCGGGAUCUCUGUCAUUGAUAGUUUCAAGAUGUUGAAGGGCACUGAUGUUCUGAAUAAGGAGGAGACAUUUCUUGCCUGCACCCUUGGUUGGUGCAUUGAAUGGCUUCAAGCUUAUUUUCUUGUGCUUGAUGAUAUUAUGGACAACUCUCAAACACGACGUGGCCAGCCUUGCUGGUUUAGGGUGCCUCAGGUUGGGCUCAUUGCUGUAAAUGAUGGUAUUAUCCUUCGCAACCAUAUUUCACGAAUUCUUCAACGCCAUUUUAAAGGAAAGCUGUAUUAUGUUGAUCUCAUUGAUUUGUUCAAUGAGGUUGAGUUUAAGACUGCUUCAGGUCAAUUGUUGGAUCUUAUUACUACUCAUGAGGGAGAAAAGGAUCUCACAAAGUACAACUUGACAGUUCACCGCCGCAUUGUUCAGUACAAGACAGCUUACUACUCAUUCUAUCUUCCGGUUGCAUGUGCUUUGCUGCUAUCUGGUGAGAAUUUGGAUAACUUCGGUGAUGUUAAGAACAUUCUUGUGGAAAUGGGGACAUACUUCCAAGUUCAGGAUGAUUAUCUAGAUUGUUAUGGUGAUCCUGAGUUUAUUGGCAAGAUUGGAACGGACAUUGAAGACUACAAGUGCUCAUGGUUAGUUGUGCAAGCUCUCGAGCGUGCUGACGAGAACCAAAAGCACAUUCUAUUUGAAAAUUAUGGGAAGCCAGAUCCUGAAUGUGUUGCAAAAGUGAAGGAUCUGUAUAAAGAACUUAAUCUGGAGGCCGUAUUUCAUGAAUACGAGAGGGAGAGUUACAAUAAGCUGAUUGCCGACAUCGAAGCACAUCCGAACAAAGCAGUUCAGAAUGUAUUGAAAUCCUUCCUGCACAAGAUCUACAAGAGGCAGAAGUAGAGCUAAGCUCAUGGAGAAGCUGUUUCAUGUUUGCUUGGUAACUAGAGUCGUGGGGACAAAUAACUGGUAACUAGAAUCAUGGGGACUGUUCCCUGAUGUUGUGUGUAUUAUGGUUAUGUUCGUACCGUGUAGUACAGCGUGCUACUCCGUAAAAUAAUGAAGCAUGGUGCUAUUUAUGCGUGCGUGAA